AUAAAAUGUGAAUUUGUUGUUUUUAAAUGUAAAUGUUUCUCAAGCUUUGUUAAAGUGUUUCACACUUUGUAAUUGUCGAUUACAGCUGAUAUGAAACGCAGCGGGGGAGUUUGGCUGCCUCUCCCUUCCUUCCUGCUUCCUCUCCCCAACCAACAUGGUCAUUAAUACUGUUCUGUACCCAAAACCAGGAUCAAUUAAAACCAAAAAGCACUAAAAUAUAGUGUUUAUGAGUACUGAAUCAAUUCCAUAGAAAAUGUAUAAUAUUGUUUGGAUCUGUAAAUGUUCUUGUCUAUUCAGGACAAACACACACACACACAAUUUCUGAGACUAGGAGGUUCCAGAGCAUUAGUUUGGCUGAUGGGGCUAAAAGUAAGGGCUGACUAUUAGCCUGGCUUCUAAUCAAUGACUUCUGUUGGUGUGUGUGUGUGUUUGUGCGUGUGUGAGAGUGUGUGUGUCCAUGCCCAGAAAGGCGGGGUCUUCAGACUGUAGGGAGUCCGAACCACUUUGUUUGCUACCGUAUCUUCAGAUGGAGGAUGUCAUCUGCAUUGACUGGUUUCGCUUUUAAAGUCUCCUACUCUCGGACACGUUGGACCAUAAGCUCUGAAGGGCCUGCGUGCAACAACUGCUGCAGGGAUGAACCGCUGGAGCUGGGGAAGUGGGCCGCGCAGAGGGAGGCUGAUGAUGCUGCUGUGGAUUAUCCUCUCCAGCUCGCUGUGCCGCAUGGUCGACGGACAGAUGAAGAUCUCACCGGAAACGGUGCAAAAGUGGGCUGUGUCCUUCAGCAAAGAGAUAGCUGCUCUGUCCACGAGAUACUCUGGAGCUAAACUGCUGCAGAAGAAAUACAAGGAUGUGGAGGCAGUGGUGAAGAUAGAGGAGGUGGACGGAGAGGAGCUGGUGAAGAAGUUUGCUGAGGAGAUGGAGGAGAUGCUUGGGAGGAAGAUGAAAUCUGUGAAGAGGUUAGCAGAAGCAGCAGAGGAUGCUGACCUUUACCACGAGUACAACGAAACUCUAGAGUUCGAAUACUUUAACUCCAUGAUGAUCAACAAGGUGGAUGAGGAUGGGAAUCCACUGUCGCUGGGAGGAGAGUUCGCUCUGGAGAAAAACGAACACUUCAAUAAGCUGCCAGUCAACACGCAACUGAGUAACAUUCAAGUCCCUACGAAUGUUUACAACAGAGAUACAGAUAUUGUGAACGGAGCCUACAUGUCUGAGGCUCUGAAUGACGUGUUCAUUGAUAACUUCAAGAAAGAUCCAACUCUCACUUGGCAGUACUUUGGCAGCGCUACAGGCUUCUUUAGGCUCUACCCAGGGAUCCAGUGGAUUCCAGAUGCAAAUGGUGUUGUCACCUUUGAUUGCAGGAACAGAAACUGGUACAUCCAGGCAGCCACAUCACCUAAAGAUGUAGUAAUCGUGGUGGAUGUGAGUGGCAGUAUGAAGGGACUAAGACUGACCAUAGCCAAACACACCAUCAAUACUAUACUGGACACACUGGGAGAAAACGACUUUGUUAACAUCAUUGCAUACAGUGACUAUGUUCGCUACGUGGAGCCCUGCUUCAAGGGCACGCUGGUACAAGCUGAUCUGGAUAACAGAGAGCAUUUCAAGCUUUUGGUUGAUGAACUUCAUGUCAAAGGCGAGGGCAAAGUGAAAAUUGCGAUGAAGGAGUCUUUUAAGAUCCUCAACGAGGUUGCAGCACUGGGCCAGGGCAGCCUGUGUAACCAGGCCAUCAUGCUGAUAACAGACGGAGCCAUGGAGGACUUCCAGGAUGUUUUUGAAGAGUUCAACUGGCCAGAACGACGGGUUCGAGUGUUCACCUAUCUGAUUGGCCGAGAGAUGACAUUUGCUGACAAUGUUAAAUGGAUUGCCUGCAACAACAAGGGUUACUACACACACGUCUCCACGCUGGCUGAUGUCCAGGAAAACGUUAUGGAGUAUCUCCAUGUUCUGAGCCGGCCAAUGGUCAUCAACCACGAUCAUGACAUCAUCUGGACUGAGGCCUAUAUGGACAGUGUGCUGUUCAACACUCAGGCCCAAAGCCUCCUGCUGAUGACCUCAGUAGCCAUGCCUGUGUUCAGCAAAAAGGAAGAGACUUUGUCUCAUGGGAUUCUGCUGGGAGUGGUAGGGACAGACGUGGCCUUGAGAGAACUGAUGAGAUUAGCUCCUAGAUACAAGCUGGGUGUACAUGGUUACGGCUACCUUAUCACCAACAAUGGCUACAUCCUGUCUCAUCCUGACCUACGACCUCUGUAUAAAGAGGGGAAGACGCUGAAGCCAAAACCCAAUUAUAACAGUGUUGAUCUGGCAGAGGUGGAAUGGGAAGACACAGAGGAGAAACUGAGGACAGCCAUGGUUAAAGGAGAAACUGGAACGUUGUCUUUAGACGUGAGAACUUCAGUGGAUAAAGGAACGAGGGUGAUGUUCCUGAAGAAUGAUUACUUCUACACCGUCAUCAAUGAGACACCGUUCAGUCUGGGUAUCGUGCUGACCAGAGGAUAUGGAGAGUAUAUCUUCAUCGGAAACGUCUCUGUUGAGGAGGGUCUUCAUGACUUACUGGCUCCAGACCUGACCAUAGCCAGUGAAUGGACCUACUGUGAGACAGACAUUGACCCGGCCCACCGUAAGCUGACCCAGCUGCAGGCUGUGGUGCGAUACCUCACUGGCAAAGAACCUGAUCUGGAUUGUGAUGUACAGUUGUUGCAGCAAACUCUUUUUGAUGCUGUGGUCACGGCUCCUAUGGAAGCCUACUGGACCGCUCUAAUGCUGAACGCAUCUGGUAUGGAGGAGGGUGUAGAAACAGCAUUCAUGGGGACCCGAUCAGGCCUGAUGAGAUUCCAGAGAUACGCUGGUGUUGAGAAAAGAGUUGGGAAGUCUUUCCUGACCUCCACAGACAAGGAGAAUAUGUUCACGUUGGACCAUUUCCCAGUGUGGUACCGCAGAGCAUCCGAGAACCCAGCUGGACAGUUUCUGUACUACAUGCCCAGACAGGAGACAAGAGCAGGGAGGAUAGUGAUCGCCACCACUUCUGUCACUGUGACGGUGGGCAAGAAAACUGCCAUCGCUGGAGCCAUCGGUAUCCAGAUGACUCUGGAUGUGUUGGAGUCUAAAUUCUGGGCCAUUGCAGCACAGCCAAAUGACACAGAUUGCUCUGACGUAGAUGGGAUUUGUCCUCUUCGGUGUGACAGCGUUGAUAUUGCAUGCUACAUGAUUGACAAUAAUGGCUUUGUCAUCAUUUCUAAACAGCGCAAUGAUGCGGGUAGAUUUUUUGGCGAGAUUGACGGAUCAGUAAUGACAACACUAAUCAGAAUGGGCAUGUUCAAACGGGUGUCCUUGUUCGACUACCAGGCCAUGUGUAAGAUGAACUCGCACUCUGUCAGCAGCGCCCGUCCACUUCUCAGUCCGUUUUAUGGUUUGGCUUCAGCCCUCAAGUGGUUCCUCUCCAACUUCCUACUGUUUCUCCUGGAGUUUAAUUUCUGUGGCUUUUGGCACACGGAGCAUUUUGCUGAUGCCAAGGCAUCUUUCAGCGUGUCCUCGGCUCAUAAGAAAAGAGGGGACAUUCUUCAGCCGUGUGACACCGAGUACCCCAGCUUUGUCUACGAGCCGUCAGUCAAAGAGACCAACAGCAUCAUUAAGUGUGGACGCUGCCAGAAGAUGUUUGUGGUGCAACAGAUACCAGACAGCAACCUGUUGAUGCUGGUGGUGCAGGCGGACUGUGACUGCUCCAAACAGUACCCACCCAUCACCAUGGAGCCCAAGGAAGUCAAAUAUAAUGCCUCAGUGAAGUGUGACAGGAUGAGGUCCCAGAAGAUCCGCCGCCGCCCCGAGUCCUGCCACGCCUACCACCCCCAGGAGAACGCCAAUGACUGUGGAGGAGCUUCUGUUAUAUCUCUCUCUGCAUCUCUCUUCCUCGCCUGCCUCUCCUUCUCUACACGUGUCUCCUGAUGAUGGACAACUUUGCUGUUUCAACUCAAUUUCUCAUAUAAACGAGGAGAUUGGAAUGAAUCAGGAUCAGUGUUUGGACACUGAUCAAGUGGGUUAAAAAAAAAAAUGUCUACCCAUGACGACCACAAUAGUCUCUAAUGACGGACCUUUGUUAUAGGCCGUUGUUGCCGUGGAUACUUUUCCAUUACUUGCUUUCUCAUACACCACGUUGCAUCUCAAAAUGAAAGAGGGACUAAAGAGAUGCAGGUGGCAGCUAUGACCUGAAUUGAUAAAAGAGGAUUACAAGUCACAUGAUGCAACAGAAGAAAGUCCAGGGGGGAAUAUAUUAAUCAUUUUUCAUAUUCCACUGAACUGAAUAUUGCAGUACAUGCAUAUUAUAUAUGCAGCUGCAAGCAUGCACAACUGGAGAACUUUAUCCCCUGAAAGCUUCAUAUUCUGACUGUUUUAAACAUUGAAUGAGAGACAGGAGAGAAGGGCUACAGCCAUAUCUGGUGAACAUUGUUGUUUAACAUCAGUGUUGCUGCUGAAAGUCAGAUUAGAGGAUGGUGUUUACAGUAUAAGUUUUUCUGAAUCUAAUCUCAAAGGGCGAUGGUUCAGUGACAAGAAAGUACCUGCAGUGGAGUUGAUAAAAAUUAUCAAAAAGUAUGGGACGUCACUUCACUAUCUUGUUUGUUUUUUUAAACUUGGAUUACAUCCAAAAAAAUGUUUCUGUGACAUAUCUUUGCCUUUAUGUUUUUAUCAGCUGUGUCUUUCUGUUUGGUUUUAAUUAUGUUUGGCAAGAGACCACUGUGGAGCUCACAGGAUGUAGAUCUACAAUCAAAAAGGAUAACAAAAAGAUGGAUUGUUUUUUAGAUAAAUACAUGCAAUGAAAUGGAUUCAAGGCUAAACUGGAAGGAAGAUGCAGUUGUACCAGAGCAUCAGUGUUUCCAGAAGUCAUUUAUGCUGUUGACUAUGCAUUUACUGGACUGGGUUUUUUCAGAUGCUUUACCUGUGUCCCAAGGUCAUGCAUUUGCUUCUAAGCCCUUGGACUAUACAACAAUAUAAUUGUAUAACUUCAUGAUUAAAUAAAAAAUGCUCUCAGUUUGGGAAACAAGUUUCUAUUAUGAACAAAUUAAAAUGUGAAAUGUUCAUAUGAGUAAUCGCAAUGUACAUUAAUAUUAAUAUUGUAUGGUUGACAUGUGUACAAGUUGUGUGUUGACUGAAGUCAUGAUUUGAUAAGUAAAAUAAAUUGUCCAUGUUU